AUGAGUUUUGCUAAUAUUAAUAACAUCAAGCACAAAUUAACGCCUUACCACCUAGAGACCAAUGGUCAAGCAGAACGGUUUGUGCAAACUUUCAAGAACUACUUCAAGGCCACAGUGGCUUCAACUAGCCAGAGGUCCAUAUCUCCUCAGAAGUUGGACUCUUUUCUCUUUGCUUAUAGAACAACACCACAUGCUACAAGUAGUGCAACACCAGCUGAGCUUCUUCUAGGCCGACGGUCAUGGACUACUUUUGACAUGCUUCAUCCUAAAACUGUUCAUGACCAUGUAUUGCACUCCCAAGAAAAGAUGGUAACCUCCAAAGAGUCUCCCACUUUUGGAGUCCAUCAAGAGGUCUGGACCCGAUCUUAUGAAUCCUCCAACACUCGGUGGCUUCCAGCCACAAUUGUGGAAACUUUGGGACGACAUGUAGACCAGUUACGGUCCCAAUGCCGCUUACUCGAAUCCUUUACCCAAAAGCUUCGUAAGUCCAAAUCCAGUUACACAGAGGACGUCUGGGAUGGAGUUUGGGUUGACUCUGAAAAUUCAAAUGCACCUACAGGGGUAGCCUGUGCUUCUGGGUGGGGGGUUCUCAUGCCCCUGACCUUGGUUUCCCAACCUUGA